UCGUUCCCAUUAGAAUUCUAGUUGGGACAAAUUCAUUGUUUGCAAAAAGAUUUUCUUGAAAAACAAAGUGUAAAGUGCAGUGAUUGCAGUGAAUCAAUUAUGAAUGGUGAUGUUUUUUGACGCAGCAGUGAAUGAUACGUAAAUAUUCCAGUUGGAUAAUUUGUAAAGCAUGUAAUAAGGAGGCGUCAUGAAGAAUCAAAACAGGGCAAGAUGUUUCAUAUCUUUGUCUGAAUGGAGUGCAUGAAAAAGGAUUUUACUUGAUAAGAAAAUUAGCCAGAUUGCUCAUUUUAUCGAUCUGAAGUAAAUUAGGGGCAAUGCAGUGCAAUCGAUUUUUCAGUUUUCAAGACGCAGAGUGAGUUGUGAAGCCAAAGUGAAUGCCGUGCCCAAAAUGAAUGGAGGCUAGACAAUCUGUCGCCAUCGAUAUGUUAUAAGUGAACGAAGAAGAUUAAACGGCAAGCUAAAGCAUUUGGUGGAGCUGACGCAGUGGAAAGAUUGAAUUCAGUGGAAAUGGAAUCAAUCGGAGAUGCUGCCUCAAUCUCAAAUUCGUUAUCAAAAUCGGAAGGAACUGCUGAUGAAACAGAAGAAGAACUUGAAGGGGCUGUUGGAAACUCUGAAUCUGAAAUGAAUGCCAGGCUGUCUAUAACGUUGAAAAGUACGGACGACGACGAAGACGAGCCACCUGAAUUGAAAAACCAAGAGAAUCUCCCACCAACACCAUAUGAAGAAUGCUUGGACUUGAAGAUUUUUGAAACUCUUGCUCAAAAGGAAUCUCAGGCUGAAUUUCAACAUAGAGGUAGUAAGAAUAACGAUGUAGCUAAUCUCCGUUUUAUCGAUGGAGAUGGGCCAUCGCCAGGUCACUCUAGUGUACCUUCUGAUAAACCAUCACCGGUGUGUUGUGCAGCAACUACUCCCACAUCAAAUAGUGGUCAUCAUGGUGAUUCGUGUGGGUCAUCCAGCUCUUCGGCUCCGUGUUCCGGAGUCCGUCGCAAAGCCAAAGUCGUGUCAACAUCACUUGAAGAACCGGUUGUCAAUGGCACCAAGAAGAAGGUACGGCCGAACGGAUCUCUUAAAUCGUCGCCCUCGCAAGAUUAUCUCCAAAUUUGGACAACUGCCUCUGGAGAUGUUCAAGUAAUUGAUGGCAAGUCAUCGCAAAAGCAAGUUACUAGUCCAACUAUUCAAGUUCAUCGUCCAUUGGAGAGGUCUUGGCCUCCGAAACAUCAAAGGAAGCAACAAUUACAGCAAGGAUCUGAAGAGUUUUCUUUCGAUAUCAUUGAUACGGAUGAACAAUCGUAUACACACGUUGCAGAAGCUUCCACAGGUAAUGUCGAAUUCACUCCAGGAGAGUUCUUCGAGCAGAAUUCAAAGCAACUGCGACAUGAAAAAGUCGCUCGUGUGAUCAGGCAGCCUUUAGAGGGUAUAAAUGAGAAUGCUCCUUUGGCGACACCUGAAACUGAUGGAAGUUUAUCGGAUAAUACGCCUUUGAGAUUAGGUAGGCUGGAUAAAAACGCUAAUCCUGACAUUGAGACAGUAGCUGAAGUGGUUGAACCCAGUGCUAGUAAUAUAAAACCACCAUUGAGGAAGACAUGUAGAGCUGAGUACAGUUUUCCAGAUGCAGAUCAGCAACCGUCUUGUUCCAAUGAAUAUACUACAAUCGAUGUCAGUGUUGAGCAGAAUGUUAAGCCACAUAGGCCAUUGACGAGAACAUUGUCCAAUGGCAAGACGAAACAUACUGUAAAUGGUCCACUUAUAACUGGUGAUCUCAUUGUCGGAGAACCAAUACGAGCAACUCAUGUCAUAUUUCCUAUCCAAAGCUUAUCGCCUUGCGCACGUAGUCCGCCAUCUGGAUCAUCCACUCGUUCAGGUUCGCCUUUAGAACAUUCCCCUGAUCGAUCAUCUCCCAUUAUUAUGCACCCCAAACCAAUCCGACCGCAACCUCGUCCAUUGACCAGAGUCGGCUGUACCCGAAACGACCUUAUCUGUCCUCCAACGCCAACGCAUCAUGCUCGAAGACUUCGUGUGUUGUCGGAUAACUUUGGUCCGCCUGAUUUGAGGCCACGAAAUGUAUUUUCGCCGGAAACGAUUACGUCCCCUGAAAUGAGAUACAAUGAGUUGGUAGCCGUCACCGGGAAUCGAGUCGAUCAGCUGAGAGUGGGCGAAGGGCGGGAAGAUGAGAUUGAGACUGAUUCCCCGGUUCGCCAUUUAACUAGUACAAGACUUCCGUCCAUCCCGGAACGUGCUCGAGGUGCCCUAGCCGAUCCUGAAGAACCUCUUCCACCGGCAUGGGAAGCCCGGAUGGAUAGUCAUGGUCGGAUUUUCUACAUUGAUCAUGCCACGCGGACUACGUCUUGGCAGAGACCUGGUGCACAUUCCGGUCCUAACGGAUCGGAGCAGCAUCGUCAACAGCUCGAUCGCCGGUAUCAAUCCAUCAGAAGAACCAUCUAUGAUCGACGUGACGGUGGAAGCCGUAGUCCUCCCAGAUUUGGAUUUGAGCCGAUUAAUCCACGCCAGGGAGCUUCAGCUAUCGCAGUUGCCAUCAAUGCAGCUCAGAUUGAAAAUUUACAGUUUGACCGCGCAGCCCACCCGGCACUGCUGAUGAUCUGCCGUCCGGAUUUCUAUUCAAUGCUUCACACCAACACGGAUGCCAUACAGAUCUACAAUCGGAACUCUGCGCUGAAGCACAUGGUUUCUCGGGUACGGCGAGACCCGACCUGCUUCUCUCGCUAUCAGCAUAAUCGUGAUCUGGUAGCGCUAGUCAACUGCUUCGCUUCACCGGACAAGGAUCUUCCAUCGGGGUGGGAAACAAAGAUGGACCAGAGCGGUAAACAGUUUUUUAUUGAUCACGCCAAUCGGCGUACGUCUUUCAUGGAUCCGCGUGUGCCUACAGACUGUCCUCGGGCCCGCCAUAGACCCGAGCAGUUGAUUGCUGCCGCCGCGGUGGCUCCGGUGGAUAUUGCUCCUAUUCCACCGCCUCGUCCACCGGCCUUGCCACGGCUGAGCAUCGGAUCCCCGGAGAUUCCGGUGGCUUACAAUGAUAAGGUCGUUGCAUUCUUGCGUCAACCGAAUAUAUUGGAAAUUCUGCGGGAACGCCAUGGAGCGGCGGCUUGCUCGAGAAAUCUUCGUGAUAAAAUCAACUCCAUCCGAGUGGAAGGGACUUCGGCCUUGGAUCGGCUCAGUCAUGAUCUACAGCUGACAAUUCUGCUGAGCCUAUUCGAGAACGAGAUUAUGAGCUACAUCCCCGUGGAGGCUCGCAGUCCGCAAGGUUCACCGAAUCUCAAUAGCUCUCGUGUACCACAACGUGCCCCACCCCCGUUCCGGCGAGACUUCGAAGCCAAGCUGCGCACGUUCUAUCGGAAGUUGGAAUCCAAAGGAUUCGGCCAGGGGCCUCACAAACUGAAAUUACACAUCCGCCGGUCCCACCUGCUGGAAGAUGCCUUCCGCCGUAUCAUGUCCGCCAACAAAAAGGACCUGCAACGAGGACGACUGGCAGUCCUGUGGGACACCGAAGAGGGCCUGGACUACGGCGGUCCAUCGCGUGAAUUCUUCUUCCUGCUAUCACGGGAGCUGUUCAACCCGUACUAUGGUCUCUUCGAGUACUCAGCCAACGAUACCUACACGGUGCAGGUUUCACCCCUGUCGGCCUUCGUGGACAACAGUCAUGAUUGGUUCCGAUUCAGUGGUCGGGUCCUUGGGUUGGCCCUCGUUCAUCAGUACCUUCUGGACGCCUUCUUUACCCGGCCGUUCUACAAAGCUCUGUUGCGGCUUCCGGUAGCGCUGAGCGAUCUGGAAUCUUUGGAUAACGAAUUUCAUCAAUCGUUGCAGUGGAUACGGGACAACGACAUCGGGUCCGGUACGGCAUUGGGGCUAACGUUCUGUGUCACGGAAGAACUGCUGGGUAGGGUUGUGGAACGGGAGCUUAAGCCGGGUGGGAAGAACAUCCCCGUUACGGAGAAGAACAAACGUGAGUACUUGGAGCGCAUGGUGAAGUGGCGACUGGAGCGUGGAGUCCAAGAGCAGACUGAAUCUUUGGUGCGUGGCUUCUAUGAAGUCGUCGAUCCACGUCUAGUGUCAGUAUUCGAUGCUCGGGAGUUGGAACUAGUGAUUGCCGGAACGGCAGAAAUAGAUCUCAAUGAUUGGCGAAUCAAUACGGAGUAUCGCAGCGGUUAUCACGAUGGGCAUCAGGUAAUCGUGUGGUUCUGGCACGUGAUUGAAAAGUUCUCCAACGAGCAGCGGUUACGGUUACUACAGUUUGUGACGGGAACGUCUAGCAUCCCAUACGAAGGCUUCGCAGCUCUUCGGGGUUCAACCGGGCCACGGCGGUUCUGCAUAGAGAAGUGGGGCAAACCGAAUGCUCUGCCAAGAGCGCACACCUGUUUCAACCGCUUAGAUCUACCACCCUAUCCAACUCCGGACAUCCUGUACGAGAAGCUCCUGCUAGCCGUAGAAGAAACCAAUACGUUCGGAAUUGAGUAGCUAACUGGAAACGGUGAACUCUGGCUCAGCCGGAGCGAUGUGUUCUUCUACUAUCUGUUGCUGUUUCUGUUUUAUAGUGUAUUUAUUUUCUAUUUCUUCAAGAUUUUAAUCGUUCAACUGUUGUGAGGAAACUAUACAGGUAACUAGGGAAUCAGAUGCAUAUGAUGAGCUCGAAAGUAAAAGCACACGCAACACCCA